CCAGACUGCGUUUUUAUUUUAUUGUUAAGAUUUAAAAGUCGUCAGACGCCACUCAACUAGCUGUGGCGUUGUGGUUGUUGUUGUUGUAAGGUAGUUGUCAUUAUUGUAGUAGGUUGUAGAUGUGUUGGUAACUGUAACUGCUUCACAAAAGUUAACAUUAUCGAUACAAUUACGUCUGUUAAAAGUGAUUUAAUGUUUCAUCAACAAUAAGCGCAAAGUUAACGACAUCAACAACUACUGCAACCACUUCAAUUUCAUCAAAAAACAUCAGCAACAGUAUCAACAACAUCAACAAUACACUCAACUACAUCAGCAAAAGAACAAUCAGAAACACUAAAAAUGUUUUCAAGACUAUACCCGUCACGCUACUCCAAGAAGCUGACGUGUUUAUUUAGGAAUGUGGUUGCUUCAGCGACGACAAAUUCUGUUGCAACGACGACGACAACUGCCACAACAACAGCUGCUGCAAAUGCUCCCAAAAUUUUAAUAACAGGCAGCCUUGGUCAGCUGGGCAAGGGACUUGGUCGUUUAUACCGAAAAAAGUAUGGCCAAGAAUCAGUAAUCAUGUCAGACAUCUUGAAGCCAUCUAAGGAGAUAUUAAAUGAAGGCCGCUACAUAUACGCUGAUGUGUUGGACUUCAAGAACCUACAGGAGAUUGUGGUCAACUGCGAAGUUGACUGGCUCAUUCAUUUCAGUGCUCUCCUGAGUGCAAUCGGGGAGAACAACAUUUCACUGGCUGUUCGUUUGAAUAUCGAAGGUUUCCACAAUGUUUUGGAACUUUCCAAGCAAUACAAACUGAAGCUAUUCGUCCCGAGUACCAUAGGAGCAUUCGGACCAACAUCGCCCCGCAAUCCCACCCCCGACCUGACCAUCCAGCGACCCAGGACCAUAUACGGAGUGUCCAAGGUCCACGCUGAACUCAUGGGAGAGUAUUUCCAUCAAAAAUUUGGAUUAGAUUUCAGAAGCCUUCGUUUCCCAGGUGUCAUAUCAGCUGAUACAGCUCCAGGCGGCGGUACCACAGAUUACGCAUGUCAGAUCUUUCACGAUGCCCUGAAAACCGGCCACCACGUUUGCUUCUUGAAGAAAGACACCAAACUACCAAUGAUCUACGUUGACGACUGCCUCAGAUCCAUUGAAGAAUUCCUGACAGUUCCUGACGAGAAGUUGAAGUUGAGAACGUACAACAUCAACGCCAUGAGCUUCACGCCUGAGGAUCUCGCGGAAAAAAUCAAAAAGUACAUUCCCGAGUUGAGAGUGACGUACAAGCCGGAUAACAGGCAGGACAUAGCCGACUCCUGGCCAAUGGAAUUUGAUGACAGCGGUGCCCGCAAAGAUUGGGGAUGGAAACAUCAUUAUGACCUUGAGGAACUUGUGAAGGUCAUGUUGAAGUACUUGGCUCCUAUUUAUGGAAGAACUUUGAAAAAUAUUAAUAGUUAAUCAGUUUUUUUAAAUCAAUUUAUAAGCGAGGAAAAUUUUAAAAUUCACUUCAAUGUUGUUCUCAUCCAUGUUAUGCAUUUUAACAAAUAAAAGAUAAUCUUCUUAACUUUUU